AUGUCUGUCCUCUACAGUCCACAGACAAGUAAAAGACAAGCCUCUUUACAUUCCAUAACUAACUGCUUCAAUGUAUUUUCUAGCUACACCUACGAGGAUGAAGACGGGGUGUAUCCGGAAAGUCAGUUUGUCUUUGAUUUGGAGCUUCCUCCGGAGUUCAAGCCCAGAGUAGGGGAUGGAGAGGUACAAGAGUUCUACCUCCUGCCCAUAGAUAAGGUGAAGGAACUGGUGGCCACUGAUGACUUCAAACCCAACUGUGCCAUGGUGGUCUUGGACUUCCUCAUUAGACACUCGUUUAUUGAUCCAGACACAGAGCCAUGCUAUCAGGAGUUUGUGGCAGGACUCCAUCAGACAAUGCAGAGUGAAGCUGAGGACUGAGCCCACUGUCAGAGGCCAAGACACAUUCACAUUGUUGUUUUUAUUUAUCUCUGCAAAUGACAAAUGUUAGUCUCGCAGAAGCCAAGUGCUGUGUCCUCAGUUUGUGUUUUGAGAGAACAUCCACCAAGACUUGACUGAGCUGUGAAACUGGAGGCUGAAACGGUCAAUGAGCUGAGGGGAGUGGAUCACAUGAGGACGGUGAACUGAGUGUUGGGUUUGGGACUGAGAUUAUUCCAGCUAAAAAAUCUCUCCUUAAAACUGAACAUGAAGUUUUCCAUUGCAGCUCACAUAAAUGAUCCCAUUCCUCCUCUGGUA